AUGACAACGAAUCGAUGUAUCCACGCUGCGGCUGCGGCCCCGUACGAGAGAUAUAUGACGACGAAUCGAAGUAUUCACGCUGCGGCGGCGCACCCUAAACAUGUCGCUUUCGUUUUCCAGGGGACAACGCAAAUGUGCUCGAUUGUUCGAAGGUCGAAAUUAACACCUUACGUGAAAAUGGGUCGCGCGACCACAUUUUUUUUAGCUCAGUGGCAAACAAGCUCACAAUGUCAUCCGGGACGCGGGUUCGAGUCCCGAAGAAGCCCAAGUUUUUUCCUUUUUUUUUUUUUGGGAAUUCUUGUUUCUUAUUGCUUUUUAAACUUCUGGUUUGCAGGACGGUGUGCGAGUUCUGCAAUCGCACUGAUUCCAUCAGUUUCGUGGUGUGUGCGGCUGCUGCUGCGGUGGUGGCCGCGUGAGAGUGAGGGAGAGAGCCAUGCACCGCCCGCACACACACUCGUCCUUCUCUCUCUCUCUGUGUGUGUGUGUGUCCCCUUGCAUGGACUCUCGCCCUCACCUCAUCCCACGAAGCACACACAUAAUGUGCCCAUUGUAUAUAUUGCAUGCGCACCCAUGCAUGCCCGUUGGUGCUCUCUUUUGCAUGACACGCACCGCUGCCGUCCUGCCUGGCUGCAUGGGCGGAGCACCGUAACUGUUUCUGUUUUGUUUUUAUUGCAUUGA